CUGGACUUGCGGGCGAAGGAACUGAGAGCACAGGGUACUUCCUGAAACCGCUGCUGCAAGGAACUGAGAGCAGGAGGGAGGGCACACGACUGCGUCGGCUCUUAGUGACCAACCCGACAAGAUGCACACAAAUCGCGACAUCGAGUCAUCUGCCGUCAAGGCAGCUGCUGACACGGCCACCAAUGGUCAUCUUCCUCACUCCAACGAUCAUCACAAUCCAUCUGUGCCCCCGUUCUUCGCCUCCCUGCCACCGCCAGACGUCAACGCACUCAUCGAACGAAUCGGAGGCGGCUUGGCCCAGGUCAUUGUUCUUGUUCUUGCUGGCGCUAUAUACUUCCUCGACGGUGCCGAGCUGUUCGUAUUCUCUAUUGCCAACCGGACGCACGGCGAUGACCAACCAUGGACGCUCAGCGCUGCUGGGAAGGGCGUGAUGCUGUCGUUGGUGCUUGGAGGGUAUGCGAUUGGCGGAUCCUGCAGUGGAUAUGUGGCCGACUUCAUCGGCAGGAGGCGGCCCAUGUUCAUCGCCUUCUCGGGCCUGCUGCUGGCCAACAUCCUCUUGGUGAGAGACGACAUGUAUGCAGAUGUAUCGACUCAUCGGAUUCCUUUACUAUAUGUUGUUGGCUUCUGCAGUAUUUUGCCCGCACCGUGCCUCAAUUGCUGGUGUUCGCUUUUUUCGCUGGGUUGUCUAUGGGAGCGGGGAUUCCUGUGUGGACCACCCUCUGCAGCGAGGUCUCACCGAUCAGCUGGCGUGCUCCCCUGCAGGGCCUUGGCAACACACUGCUGCCCGUGGGAAGCAUCUACACCAUCUGUGUCAUCAUCUUCGCGGACCCUGAGAUGCGCACUCUGUCAUGGCGGCACCUGAUCGUGAUGGCCUCGAUACCAGCCCUGGUCGUGCUGCCCCUGGCGGCGUGCUUCCUGACAGAAAGCCCCCAUUACUUGGCCAUCAAGGGCCGGUGGGACGAUGUGAGGCGUGUUUUGAGACGGCUGGCGUGGCUGAAUGGGAGGAGGGUCGAUGAGCUUGAUGUGCACUGGGAGGAUGACGGCCGACCUGGGGACAAUGGAGCGGUGAGUGAACGCGACACAUCCAUGACUAACCGCCUGCAUGUCUGUCUGCGUGUUUUGUGUGUGCGCAGGAGGGCGACAUCCCCGCUCCCUCCAGGAGUUCGUUCCACGUCGUCUUCAACGACACCUAUCGCUACACUACUUUUGUGCUCUGCUGCGUCACUUUUACAUGCAACAUGAUCUCCUAUGGCCUGCUCUACGCCCUGCCACAAGUGUUCGUAGACAUCGAAAAGCAGACAGGUGAACCAACGACACACAAGCUUGAAAGAGAAUACACAAGCACCUGUCUGUGUAUUGCAGGCAUUGCCCCAGCGUAUUCCCUACUGCGUGCUGAGUUGAUGUCUCUCCUGGGCAAUGCUUUGUCGGUGUUUGCCGACGUGGGCCCCCGGCGUGUGACGCAGGCGGCGUCGCUGCUGCUCGAGUGCAUUGCCAUGGGGCUGACGGCCGCUGCACUCGUCUGGGACUGGGCUACCGUCGCCGUGUGGGCUGCCGCCAUGGGCAAGUUCUGCACAUUCCUUGGUCAGUACAAUCAGCAGAUGCACGAGAGGCCGACCGGUUCCUGUCUGAUGGUUCGUCUCUGCUGUGCUGAGUGUCCGUGCAGGUCUGAACAUCACUUUCCUGUAUUCAGCGGAGAUUUAUCCCACCGUGUGUCGAUCCACCGGUGUGUCGAUUGCCGUCUCAUCCGGCAGGAUCGGGGGCAUCAUUGCCCCUCUCUUGUUCGAGCUCACCGUGUGGGUGGCCACUUUCCUGCCGGCGGUGGAUCGCUACGACGGGGGGCGGUAUUGCGUUUUCUUCGGAGUUUUGGGUGUUGCCGCUUUUGUGAGUGCUGCUUUGCUGAUGACGCUCCCGUACGAGACCCGAGGGGCCAGGCUGCAGGUGAGAGGACAAAUGAGUGUGUCUGCUCUUCACUGAUGCGUGCGUGUGGUGAUGUCUUGUGUGUGUGUGCAGGAUGACGCAUCAAGUGCCGGCGUCAAGAGCGACGGGUCAUUUCAUGAGGAUUUGUGUGAGGGUCUGCUCGAGAAAUGUGACGACAGCCACCACAUAUGCCUGCGAGUGCCGCGCGAAGGCCACACACACGGCGAGAAAGACGAGUUGAGGAGCGAGCGGCUGCUGGGAAGCUAGCUGCGCGUUCUGACGCACGUGUAAGGCGCGAGGAUGCAUGUGCUGACGUGUGUGUGCAUGGGAG